CGGUGUUGAGCGCAAAAGAGAAAAUAUAACAGCCUUUAUAUCUUUAUUAAAGCCAAAGAGAUUGUAAACGACGUUAAUAAAGCCGUUCUAAACGACCUCAACUCCUUCCCAAAUGUAAAACAACCUCUUUCUCUGAAACCUCUCCACUCUAUAUGUUCAAUGUGCUGCCGUAUUUUGAAGCUCAAAACAGAGAAUGGUUGAGUUCGCUUUGCGGAUAAUGUGACCGAUGGUUGUUUGAAUUCAGUUGGAGAAUUAGUUUGCGGUUUGGUGGAUCAUGGGGGCUGCUUGUUGCGUUGCUGCUACAGACAAAGCUAUAGUAAAUGGAUCGGGUAGUGAGGUUAUACGUAGGAAUAUAAGGUAUUCACCAAGGUGUAGUUCACGUUGGAAUAACCAAGGGCAUGUAGUAGUUGAAGACACUUCUAUAAGUUGGUUUUCCGAUACAAUUAGUCGGAAUGAUGGAUCAGAGAUCAAAUCCGAGUCUGCAUGCACAUUGGAGGAUCGAAGUCCAUCGGAGAGUUUUCAAUCUUGUACAUUGCAAAAGUUCCCAACUUCAGAAGGAUCUGCUGAGCAACUGAGGACUCCUGCUUCAGACCAAUCCAUUUCAAGAAGUCUCUCUAUUGAUGUGAACUUAGAGCAGGCGAAUGAGCUGGUAGAAUCCCCUGCAGUCUCAUACCUGUCUCCCUUUGAGUUAUCACUUCCUUUGCCUUCAGCUUCCUUGUCAGUAACAUCCCCUUUGUCAUCCCGUAGUCAUGCGCAUCCUACCAGUUCAACUAAUAGAUGCUCUGUUGGUGGGGAAAGGCUAAUGAUGCCAUCAUGGAGCAAUGAAUCAACUAGGGGAUCCUGGGGUGGUUCUUCUAAUGGUUUAUCUACGCACACCUAUUCUGAAGUCAUGGCUACAUCUCAGAGUGGAAGGUGGUCUUUUGAUGAUGACAAGUGGGGUUUUCUUCAUGAGAAUAUAAGCAAAUCCAGUGGCCGACUUUCAGCAUCCUCCUCUAUUGAUCUGCAAGUAUGUGGCGUUUGCUCAAAGUCAUUAUCAGAAAAAUCUUUGUGGAGCAGUCAGAAGAUUAUUAUGAGCAAUGAGCUUUCUGUCGUUGCUGUCCUAACUUGUGGGCAUGUUUACCAUGCUGAAUGUUUGGAAAAUACAACCCUUGAAAUAGACAAAUAUAACCCUUCUUGCCCGAUAUGUACAUUGGGGGAGAAGAAGCAUAAAUCAUUUAAAGCAGAAACAGAUUUUAAGGCUAAAAUUAACAAAAGAUCAAGGAGCCGGGUUGUUGAUAGUGAUAUGGAUAGUGAUCCUUUAGUAUUUAACCAUCUGAAAAGUAGUGGAAAUGAAAAGAGGGCCUCCAGUUCAAGCAUGAAAAAUUCCAUCGGCAGACCUUUCCUACGGAAACACUUUUCGUUUGGACCAAAGGGCAUUAAGUCCCUUUCAGAGAAUCAUUCAACCGGGAAAAAGGGAAUUUUCCAGGCCAAAUCUAGCAAGACGUGAACUCAUCUCCUGUUAGAAGGUUGGUGUUCCUUUGACGCACUACUUUCUUCAGUACAGGCCUCAAAAGCCUUCAGUUUUGGUUUCGUCGGGUUUACAAAAUGAAACUGCCUUUGUUAUCUUAAUGUCACGUUUUCUCUUUGCAAGUAAAUCGAUUUUGAUACCUGAGAAAUACCCAAAACUAUGCAUCAAAAUUUUGUGAUUUUUGAUGUCUUGGAAGUCGGAGAGUAAUUUGUUAUGUUUGUGCUAUACAGAUUCUGGUUUUGUUCUCCUCUACAGUCCUGUCGGAUAGGGAUUGCUCAUAGUCUGCUGUGUAGUUGUUGAAGAGUUCUUGAUGUCAUUUUUCAAGUAUCGACACGAUUGUUUUGUAAGACUCCCACUAUAAAGAACACAAAAUUUAUAGGUGAAAGAAUAGCUUAACAUGAAGUCAAAAGAAUCUCUACAUAUAGCACAACCCAAGUGAAUGGUGUUGAUAUUCUGAUUUGUACAGACAGAUUGAUCAGUGUCUUGCUUGGAUUCUAACAUGAAUUGGUUCCUAUCUCUGUGUUGAGGCCUUAGGGCUAUUCCUACUAGUUUGCUUUUUCAGUCUGUAUUGGUAUAUUUCAAUUUGAAUUUAUUUAAUUUGUCCCAUUUUCGAA